AUGAACUCGUUCGGUUCUUGCGGCAUCGUCGAAUACUCAUUCCCAAUGUGGUCCAAGCAGCACGUCGGCAACUGGCUCGAUGCCUUCAAGCCCCGUCGCAACUCGCGGAGCUCCAUCUACUCCUCGUCGUCCGGCUUCUCCUCGUCCUCCGCAUCGGCGAAGUCCCGCAGCGCCUCCCUGUCCUCGCUCUUCUCGCGGGCCCCCGUGGACGAUGACGAGCCGGAGCGGGAACGGCUCGUGGCCGACGAGGAGCCGGUCAAGAGGAAGCCGUACGUGCCCAAGUACGCGGCCAGGUCUUUCAUGAGGACCACGACGACGCUCGAGAUCCGCGCCAAGAACGAGAUGCUGUGA